UUUUAAAGUCUUAUCCAUUCGCUACGAACUGACCAUAUAUUAGGACUUAUACACGAAUGAUGCAAGAUAUUCCUCGGUGCGGACUUUGUUGAUUCUUUUAUCGUGAUUCGACUUUGCUUCUCAACCUCGGUGAGCUUCAUGAUCAGUUGCUCUGCCGGAAAAACCUCGGUCGUUCGGGAUAUAUUGUCACGGAGUUUUGUAUAUUACUCCUGCACGACACUGUCAUCACAAUCUUCUAUUGCUGCAAAAUUCCUUUCGACCUUCAGCAUCAUGUCAAAAUCCUUCGGCGGGUCUCUUGAGGCCACCGCAAAACACCGGAGCCAAUAUCCCGAAUCUCGCACCGUGCUGGUGACUGGCGCGACAGCGGGAAUUGGACUGGCAGUUGCAAAUCAUCUGCUUAAGUCCGACAAACAACACUUGUUGAUCUUGACAGGCCGUCAAAGCGAUGUCUUGGAGCGAUUCAAGUCACAAUUUCCCGACCGUGUCCUGACCUCCAAGGGCGAUAUGUCGGACUUGACUUAUGUCAAGUCGAUUCUGCAAAACGUGGACCUGGGCGGGAAGCUCGACGGUCUGGUGCUCAAUCACGGUACACUCGGGGAGUGUCAGAGAAUAGGUGAUGUUGAAGCAGAGGACUGGGAUCGCACGUUUACAAUCAAUGUUACAAGUUUGGUAGUAUUGACACGGGCGGCAUUGCCGCUUCUACGACCAGCCAAAGGCAAAAUUGUAAUCACAUCAUCUGGCGCAGCUACUGGCGCAUACAGCUCCUGGGGAGCGUAUGGGGCUACAAAGGCUGCGGUCAACCAUCUGGCAAUGACUCUCACUAGCGAAGAACCCGACGUGACAAGCAUCUCCAUCAGGCCUGGUGUUGUUGACACUGCAAUGCAGGGGGAUAUUCGAGACAAGUAUCUCAAGAACAUGGACCCGAAGGACCAGCAGAAAUUCGUCAGUGCCAAACGAGAUGGGAAAUUGCUACCUCCAGAGAAGCCAGGGCAUGUCAUCGCUGAGCUGGUCAUCGGAGCACCCCACGAGCUUUCAGGCCAAUUCCUGAGCUGGGACGAUCCCAAGUUGGAGACUUUCCAGUCCGAGUGAUUUCACUAUGGCAAAGUCCAAAUGUGGUACAUUGGAACUUGGCGGCGGCGACGUUCGAGACCUAACUAGAAUUCCUGGUUUGGGUCGUCAGCAUGUUGACAAGAACUUGAUGGAUACAAGUGUCGGAGCGAAGAGAACUCAGGCGAAAGAUGAAAAAUGAAUACACAAUUAUAAGCAUUAGAUCGCGAGAUCUUCAUACUUAGCAUGGAAGAGUGGAUGGUUCAUCAUAGAAAUCAGACGAUAUGGAAGAGUGUGACUGACCGAGCUCAUCUCCAGGUUGGAGGAGGCGAAAACAGCAGCGAGAUCGACUGAUAAGAAAGGUUAGAAAUAUAAUUCUCGGCCAGACUUAUAGAAAUUGAGGGGGGUUGGCGAUAUUUUCAGGUAAUCGAACCAAAUUUAUUCGUCAUUGAAUGUCCG